AAUAUAGUACUACACAACCUUUGAAGUCUUAGAGAAGUUCUGUCUGUCUCUCUCUCUCUUUCUUGUUCUCUCUCUAAAAAAACUUUUAUUUUCUUUCUUUCUAAGAAGAACAAAAACACUUGUGGCCCCUAGUAGAUCGAAAUCUCCAAUCUUUUUUUUUCAGUUUUAUGAGGAUCUGAGCUUCUUCAAUGGUGUUUUUUAACUACCCAUUUUGUUCUUUCCUUCUACUUAUUUCAUAAUAAUAAUAAUAAUUAUUAUACUAUUUAUUAUUUUGUUUUCUUUUUCUUUCCAUUUUUGAGUUAAUCCCACUUUUGGGGUCACUCAAUUCUUUAUGAUUCUUGUGUUGAUGACUUGCUUCAAGUUGUGUUCAUUUUUCAAUCCAUGAAGUGGUUCCAAGAUGUGGGGCUGAGCAGGAAUGGGAACACAAGUGCACUAUAAAGGAUUUUUACCGAGCUAUUAUUCUAUGAAGGACCUUAAUGAGGAUUCUAAUAGCAGCAGUUGGCCCCUAUUUUAUGGAGAUAAGACCUUACCGAACGGGCAAUAUUGUAAUGGUUUCACGUCAAGGACUAUAACUGAUGCAUAUACGGGGUAUGAUAAGGACGUUCUAAAGCAGAAAAUGCUCGAUCACGAGGCCAUAUUCAGGAAUCAGGUGGUGGAACUUCAUCGCCUUUACAGAAUUCAAAGGGACAUGAUGGACGAAUUGAGAAGGAAGGAAAUGCAUAAACUUCGCUCAUCAAUGGAGCCAUCAUGUUCAUCCAGUCACCUAGGAUCUCAAGUACCAUCUGAGGAUGUCCGGAAAUGGCACAUCACAAACUUUCCUUUGGAAAAUUCCAGUUAUACUAGACCAUCUACAUCUGGUACUGAAAUUGUUAAUUCUCCCUUCAGUUCUUCAAAAGGGGAUGCUGUACAGCUUGGUCGAGUUCAAAUGCAAAAUGGUUAUUCUUCAAAAACCUCUGAUGUUUUGGAGGCUAGACCCUCAAAGGUCCGGAAAAAGUUGUUUGAUCUUCAACUUCCAGCUGAUGAUUACGUAGAUACAGAAGAAGGUGGACAGUUGCGAGAUAAUGGAAAUUAUAUAGUUGCUCAGGAGAGUGGAACAAAGUUUUUUCUUGGUGGUGGUGCAAAGAGUGAUAGCCGAAAAGAUGCUUCAACAUCCAAUUCGUGUUUUAGAAGCUCAAUUGGGUUGGCUGACCUAAAUGAACCAGCGCAGCUUGAUGAAGCAACCCAUCCUGUUGAUUUUCUUGGUUAUGGUAAUAAUCAUAAAGAGGCUAGAAGCAUAAAUCCUUCUGCAAGAUCAAAUCCGCCGUUUGUGGCUUUGCCUUGGAAUUCCAAUUGUGCAAGGCCAAAUGACUCUUUAAGUAACAGAUAUGAUCACUGUAGAGGGAAAGAGAGGGACUGGUUGACUUCAGCAUAUGAAACAGGUAACAUCAAAGGUAGCUCAGCUUCAUUGCCAAGAGGUCUUGAAGAAGACAAGAGACCUGCAGCUUUCCAUCAAGCACCAGUAAUAAUUAACAAAACCUAUCAAGCUCCUGGAGUUCACCAUAUUAAGGAUGGCAUUUGGAAAGAUGGAACAGGACAUAGUUUAGAUAUGUCUCGCAGAAAUGGUGAGCAGUCCAACUGUACUCAAGUGGGACCACCAUUUGUUACUUCCAAGAUGGCUAGUCCAUAUCCAUGUGCGAGUUCCUCCGAAUUUAACAGUUCAUGGCCACACUCUGUCUCUUCUUGGGAGAAGCGAAAUGGUAGCUUUACUCAGAGGUUAUCCUCAAUGCAUACAAACUCAUUCUUCAAUUCAUCUCAGAGUCAAAUUGGAAACUAUUGGCACGCUAAUGGAAGUUCUAGGUUGCAUCCAGGUUGUGCCGGGGAGCUACCCAAUAGGACCGGUUUUCACCAGGGUUCCUCAUCUGGGACAAAAGAAUCACCAAUUCACUUCCCUUCAGCUGCUUUUGACUCUUUGGGCCACAUUAAGGGGGUUACAUCUGAACCCUCCUCUAAUAAUGCAUGUGAGAAUAUUCUCGUUAGCUCUAACAAUACGGAUGCGAAAUCUGCAAAAGGCUUCAACUUAAAUGAGCUAGCGAUGAGCGAGGAACAUCCCAAGCGAGAUGUCGAGUUUGGUAAUGAAAAAAGAGAGCUUCAAGACUCUGCAACAGUGUUGCCAUGGCUUAAAGCUAAAGCAAAUGGUAAAAAUGAGGGAAUCAAUACUACAAAAGAAGUGGGUGAGACGCGACAAACAAGAAAAAUUCUUGGUGUUCCAGUCCUCGAUAUUCCCACUGCUUCCAUAAGUGAGUCAUCAUCACUCGUUUCCGCUUCUGCUAAUCUUCGUUCCUCUCCUGAGAGAGAGAGUAUCAGACAUGAAAAGAGGAGUAUGGUGAUUGACAUUAACAUGGCUCUUGAAGUUGAGGCCGAAGAACCUGAACACUUUGUUACUGAGAAAGUGAUGGAGACGAAAACAAUCAACAUCAGGAAUCACUUUGAUUUGAACUCCUGUAUUACUGAGGAUGAAGAACAGGUUCCUGCUGAAAGCCAUAAGACCAAUGUGAAGAAGACUAUCUUGGAUAUAGAUCUCGAAGCCCCUAUAGUUAUGGACACUGAACAGGAUAAUUUGCCUGGAGAAGAAGACAAGCAACGUGAGGAAUUACUCAGAACUGCAGCAGAAGCAAUAAUUGCCAUGUCAUCAGCCACUCAUUGCACAUCGAUUGAGGAAACAUGUGGUGAUCCGUCUGAUGAUCCUCUACGAUGGUUUGUUGAUGCGGUCUCUUCUUGUGCAGCCGAGCUUGAUACUACGUCUGCUAAAGAAAUUACAUGCAAGGAUAAUAACAUGAUGGUUGCGGAUAAAUCUUUGAAGGACAUAGAUUACUUUGAAGCAAUGACAUUGCAACUAACAGAAACCGAGGAGGAAGAUUACAUGCCCAAGCCUUUUGUUCCUGAAGUCCAAAUAGUGGAAGAUGAGGGGCCUAGUUCACUAACAAAUCGACCCCGAAGAGGGAAUGCAAGGAGGGGAAGACAACGGAGGGACUUCCAAAGGGAUAUCCUUCCUGGUCUAGCUUCAUUGUCAAGGCAUGAGGUGACCGAAGACAUUCAAAUUUUCGGAGGGUUGAUGAGAGCAACAGGCCAUACUUGGAACUCCACUUUGACAAGAAGGAAUGGAGGUACCAGGGGAAGGCGGAAAAAAGUUGUGGACCCCACCCCUGCCACCAUGGUGUUGACCACAACGACAACGAGCUCACCACUAAUGCACCAAUUUAAUAACAUUGAAGCCAGUUUGGUGGAGGAUAAAAGCCUAACAGGGUGGGGAAAGACACCUAGACGCCCUCGGAGGCAAAGAUGCCCAGCAGGCAAUCCUCCGGCUGUCCUGUUAACUUAAAAAAUGGGGCAAAUGAGGCUGUAAUUUUAUCCAUUCAUCAUUUAUAGGGAUGACAUUAACGGAUUUAGGGAGUGAUGUUUAUGAACUUCAGGAGUGAAAAUUUUAGCUAUAUGGGGAUGUCAUUGUACAUGUCUUUGUUCUUGCUCCAUAAUUUGGGGGCCCCAUUAUUGUGUUUCUUCCAUUGGAUUACUGACCUUGUAUUCAGCAAGAUGCUGCAUAAUGUCGUGUGCUAUUAGCAUUUAUUAACGCUAUUGAGUGAUGUGGUUGGGUUUC